AUGUCUCUGACGCCUCAAGCAGCCGCUCACGGCAGAAUAGUUCAGCUUUCCCGUGUUCGUAAGGUGAAAUGUUCCCACUAAUUCUUCCCAGAAAAACGCCGAAUAAUCCAGGAGAUUGCUGAUUUCACUAAAAACAAGCGCUGUUUCAUCAAGGAUUUUCGCAAAAUUCAGAAGUGCAAGGAUGUGUUUCAGUUCAAGAUCGUCGGGGUAAUCAUCCGUCCUCUGCGCAUCAUAAAUACUCCUUGCAGGACGGUCACGUGUUCAAUAAUCAAGUGCUGACGGUGGUGGUGGAUGUGAGUCUCGAAUAUCCGUUCAAACCUCCGUACGUCAAGUUCUGUCAUGAAGUGUACCAUCCGAACGUGGAUCCAGUCACUUUUGAGCUCUGUUCGGCGAUGCUCCUUCAGGAGAACUGGAAACCAGAAACAAACAUGGAAGACGGUAUCUUCCCUCUUCGGUUUCCCCCUUCUAUCCUCCUAUUUCAGUGCUUCUCAACCUGAUUGUUCUGCUCAAUGAACCCGAUCUCUCUCGUCCUGUGAACGUGGAGGCGGCCAGCGAUUAUAUCCACGUACCAAUCUUUCACGUGAUUCUCUUUCCAUGAGAAAACUACUUCAGAAUAAGCCCUUGUUCGUGAAAAAGUGCACAGAUUUGGCCAAGACGUGGAAAUGA